ACUUGUCUGCAAUGGUCUCUCGGCAGGCAGCCUGCUUCUGCGAAGUGGUACGACCGAAGGGACUACGUCUUUAUUGAGUUUUGCGUGGAAGACAGUAAAGAUGUUAAUGUAAAUUUUGAAAAAUCCAAACUUACGUUCAGUUGUCUUGGAGGAAGUGAUAACUUUAAACAUUUAAACGAAAUUGACCUUUUUAAUAAUAUUGAUCCAAAUGAAUCAAAGCAUAAAAGAACAGACAGAUCUAUCUUGUGUUGUUUACGAAAAGGAGAAUCUGGUCAGGCAUGGCCAAGGUUAACAAAAGAGAGGGCAAAGCUCAACUGGCUCAGCGUGGACUUCAACAACUGGAAAGACUGGGAAGAUGAUUCAGAUGAAGACAUGUCCAAUUUUGAUCGCUUUUCCGAGAUGAUGAACAACAUGGGGGGAGACGACGACGUAGACUUGCCAGAAGUAGAUGGGGCAGAUGAUGACUCACCAGACAGUGAUGAUGAAAAAAUGCCGGAUCUGGAGUAAGGAAAAGCGUCGUCUUCAGGGUUUGGGGAAAGAACUUCAUCACAACAUUUCAUAAUUGAGAUUAAGAAUUCCUGAGUUUGAUAGCCCUAAAGGGAGAUCCUGCAUCCUUUAACCCCAUUUUUUUCAGUCCAUUUUCAAAUGGCUUCACUGAUGGGAGGUGUUUGUACCGUUGCACGGAGCGGUCCUAAGCCACGAGAGGCAAUAACGUUCUGCAUGAACCCGUUUUCCAGACUUCCAAAAAAAAAAACAAACAAAACCACAAAAAACUAAACAAAACCACAAAACCAAACCCAAUUGAGGUGUAGGCAAUCGUUAGAGAAGAGUCGCAAUAAAGUUUACAGAGCCUCCUUGCCUCGUA